AUGAUGAACUUGUUUCGAAACCGAAAGAAGAACAAUUCUGGGCCAGCCCUACGCAAAGUUCCGAAAAUGCCAGAAUUGGAUGAUUUUCUUGCAAAUCAAGACUAUGAAGGAGCCAUUUCUCUGCUGAAUCACAAACUAAAAGCCGGAAACUUGGAAAGAGAACAAGAAGACAACCUUCAACUAUGGCUUGCUCAUUGUUACUACAGGUUGAGGAACUAUGAAGAAGCAGCAUUCGUUUAUCAGACGCUGAUGGACAAAGACGAUUCUCCAGCAGAACUUGGUGUGUAUUUGGCAUGUUGUAAGUUCUAUAUGAAGCAGUAUUUGGAGGCAAAAGCAAUUGGAGAGAAGUGUCCAAAAACUCCGUUGUGCAUUCGUCUUAUGAUGAAUGUAUCUCUUCGUUUGAACGAUGAGAAAAAGAUUCUGACAUUUCAUUCCAGUUUGGGAAACACUCUGGAAGACAAGCUCUCGCUUGCUGGAGUAAACUUCCAAAGAAUGCACUACCAAGAAGCCAUCGAAGUCUACAAAGAGAUCCUCCAGGCUAGCCCAAAUUUGGUGGGACUCAACAUUGACAUGGCUCUAUGCUAUGCCAAAAUGGAUUUCUCUCAUGUUGCAUACAAUCUUGUCAAGAACUAUCUACGUCUUUUCCCGAACAGUCCAUUUGCGAAAAACUUGCAUCUCUCCGUUCUCUAUCGUACAAUCACUUCAAAAGCCAAUCUGGAUGAUCAAUCUGAAUUGGCAAAAAACAUUGAUCAGGAAGGCUUGACAAUGGUUCAACAAAUGGAAGAGCUUCUCAAGCAGAAACUGUAUCCAGAGGUCGAAUAUCUCUGUAGACACAAUUUGGUGCUUUUCAAAAACUGUGACACUGCUCUUCAAGUGCUCCCUUCUCUGAUGAAACAUGUCCCAGAAGCACGGCUCAAUCUCAUGUUAUACCAUUUGAACAAAGAUAACAUCAAGGAUGCAAUGUCUCUUUGUAAGGACUUUGAACCAACAACUCCAUACGAGUUUCUAGUCAAAGCACUCACUUUUCUACGCUAUGGACAGGAAAACGAUUCGAGAGAGCAUCUCAAAACAGCCGAAAACUUUUUCCAAAUGGUCGGAGAAUCUGGUCUUGUUCAAGACACGAUUGCGGGAAGACAAGCAUCUGCCGCGUACCUUUUCCUCGCAUACAAAUUCGACGACGUCAUCACAUAUCUGAAAUCAAUUGAGGACUACUUCCAAAACAAUGACGCAUUCCUGUUGAAUUUGGCUCAAGCGUAUUUGAUGUACAAGAACUACGUGGCAGCUGAAGAUCAUUUCAUUCGAGUUUCCGGACCGGAACGGGACAAAUUGUUGUACAAGUCGAUGUUGGCAAGAUGUUUCAUCCGAAACAAAAAACCACAAAAAGCAUGGGAUAUGAUGUUAAAGACUACAGUUCAGUCGGAUAAACUCAGUCUUCUGAAAGUGAUUGCUCAGGAUUGUUAUCUGGUUAGUUACCAACAUGGCGAAAACAAAAUCAAUUCAAAAAUUGUUCAGUCGAACGAAUUCUACUAUGCUGCGAAAGCAUUCGAUGAACUCGAAACUAGUGAUCCGACACCAGACAAUUGGAAUGGGAAGAGAGGUGCAUGUGCUGGCUUAUUCAGACAAUUGGCUAAUCAUAAAGCAGACACAACUCUUGUUGAACACAUGCGCGAAAUCAUUCAGUUGGUCGCUUCGAGACCACACUCAAACUGUGAAUUCCUCCUCAAAGUGAUCCGUUCGUGGGGCGCAUCUCAUAAUGUUGAUCUCAAUUAA